UUAAUUUUGAUUUCGACUUGAGUGUGAUUCUGAUGAUAAAAAUAUUGUAGUUUGAUAAAAAUAAUAAAUAUUCAAAAGUUAAUAAAUCAUUUUUGUUUCGGUUUUGUUUUGGUUCUUAUUUUUUUUUUGUUUUUAGUAAUCUUGUUAAAAGCUGUUUAUCUAAUAUGCAAAAGCACAAAAUUCAAAACAAGGACAUUGGAUAUGUUAUAUCAUACCUCCUGCUGGGACUCACAUCAAUCACUUUGGGAAUUCUCUCUAUAUUCUAUGACUACCAAGAAGUUGCCCUUAAUGAACGUAUAAAAGUUCGUCCCUGGCUACCAGCUUAUGAAAUGUGGAGACAUCCAUCUGCCUCUGGGGUUGAUAUUGGAAUCAAAAUGUAUCUUUUUGCAGCUGAGAAUCCUUAUGAAUUCCUAUCGAAUUCAAGUGCGAAAUUAAAACUCAAAGAAAUCGGUCCCAUAGUCUACAAGAAGAUCCUACGCCAAGAGAAUAUUAAAUUCCACAAUGAAAACUCAACAAUGACCUAUUCAUCAGUUUUUGAUAUAGUCUUCGAUGAGGAACGAACAGCAGCUGGAAUUCUAAAUCAAACGAUAACAGUUGUCAAUCCUAUGUUACUGGGAUUUGCUGCAAUGGCUCAUGAUAUGUUCUUGGCUAGGAUGGCUUUCAAUAUGAUCGCACAGGAUGAUGAUGUUUUCCUCAAUCGAACUGUGUAUGAAUUGCUCUGGAAUAAUUCUUCACCAAUUUUUGAUUUUGUCAAGAAGAUUCCGUUCGCCUCGCCAAGAGAAAAUGCUGGAAUCUUAUUUAAUUCAUUUUAUCCAUCUGAUAAUAUUUUCAAUGUCAACAUUGGAACGAAACAUGGAUUUAAAGAUUUCUUCAAAAUCAACACCUUCAAUGGAUUGUCAAGAAUUGAUGUGUAUUCUGAGAGCUACGCAAAACAAUGUCCCGUCUCACUGGUUGGAGCCAGUGAAGGAACUGGUCUACCACCUCAUAUUGGAAAGGACGAUGUGAUCUAUGCUUAUAUGAAGAAUCUUUGUCGAACUUAUCCCAUGGUCUAUAAUAAGACAGUUCAAGUACAUGGAGUUGAAGCCUAUAAAUAUGUCUUGGGAGAUGAUAUUUACAAGAGAUUGGAAAAUUCAAAUUUAGAUUGUUUCAAACAAACUGGAGAUGUGGAGCUACCUGAUGGACUUAGUGAUGCCUCAAAGUGUGCUUUUGGACUUCCUGUUGCUGUCUCACCGCCUCACUUUUUUGGUUUUCAUGGUCCAUGGGAGAACUAUAUAGAAGGUCUUGCUCCAAGUGAUGCAAAGCACGCCUCCUUUUUCACAGUUGAACCAACGUCCGGAGUUCAAUUAGAAGGUAUAGCAAGACUUCAAUCCAAUAUGCCUCUACCGUCUUUGGAAAACUAUUCACCGAAUAUCAGAAGAUUCAGUAACAUGAUAGUGCCACAAUUUUGGAUGGAAUAUUUUGUCAUUAACGAGAGCUCUAUAAUUUAUGGAUUAGUUAAAAUGUUUCUAUUGUUGCCAAUAAUUCAACCGAUUUGUGUUGUAUUUUUGUUCGCUUUGAGUAUAUUUGCUUUUCAUAAAAGUAUUAGAAAGGCUUUUUACCACAAGGAUUUAGUUUGUUUAUUGAAAGAACCGGAGCUGGCGAUUUUGCAACAACCACUUUGUGCGGAAAUUAUUACUAAGGAAUUUAAAUAAUAAUAUUACUUAUUCCAUAAUUGUUAUAGAUUUAUUAAAACAAAGAAAGAACAACUGUGAUAUAGAAUAGUGAAUAAAUAGAUUUUUAUUUUAAAAAGUG